CUUCGCAUCUCUGUCAGUGCGCGAAGCGAUUCACCUACACCUUCCUGGCUGGCCCAGAAACACCAGAAUAACUUGACAUAGUAUUAAAAAUACCCCGUAACAGCCCAUUACCAAAAGAAAGGGACAUUUUUAUAUGAGAUAUCAAUAACGAGUUGGCUCAGCCGGGAGUUGUUGGACAAUUUUCGGACCACCUCGAAGGAAACACGGCGGAGAGACUUGUUGCUUCAACACGUUUUGACGGUGCUUUUCUUUUGAAAACGCCAUCGAAGUUCAGUGUCUCUCCCUAGUCUGCUCCAGGCUUCAGCUUGGAGAGCCCAACCGCCACGAUUGAUCCCAGCAGCUGGAGCGGCAGCGAAAGCCCUGCCGAGGACAUGGAGAGGAUGAGCGACUCGGCAGACAAGCCCGUAGACAAUGAUGCAGAGGGGGUGUGGAGCCCUGAUAUUGAGCAGAGCUUCCAGGAGGCCUUGGCCAUCUAUCCUCCAUGUGGACGCAGGAAGAUCAUCCUGUCCGAUGAAGGGAAGAUGUAUGGUCGAAAUGAGCUGAUUGCCAGAUACAUCAAGCUACGGACUGGAAAGACGAGGACUCGUAAGCAGGUGUCUAGUCACAUACAGGUCUUAGCAAGAAAGAAAGUUCGAGAAAUCCAAGCUGCCAUUAAGGUACGUCUGGCUUUGCCCAGUUGCAGGGGGCUUUUCAUUGCCAUGGUUACAGGCUCUUCCUUUGUUUUCCUCCCCUCCCCUACCCUGCAGGUGUCUAGUCACAUUCAGGUUCUUGCCAGAAGGAAAUCUCGUGAGUUUCAUUCCAAGCUAAAGGUUACAAGUAUGGACCAGGCAGUGAAGGACAAAGCCCUCCAGAGCAUGGCCUCCAUGUCCUCGGCUCAGAUCGUCUCUGCCACGGCUAUUCACAACAAGCUGGGACUGCCAGGCAUCCCGCGCCCAGCCUUCCCUGGAGCAGGGUUAUGGCAGGGAAUGAUAUCAGCCGGUCAGCCUGGAUCCUCGCAAGAUAUUAAGCCUUUCACCCAGCAAGCCUACUCCAUCCAGCCAGCUGUCACAACAGCCAUUUCAAGUUAUGAGCCCACAGCAGCUCCGGCUCCCACGGCACCAGCAUGGCAGGGCCGCUCCAUCGGUACAUCCAAACUCCGGCUGGUGGAGUUUUCUGCUUUCCUAGAGCAACAGAGAGACCCCGACUCAUACAACAAGCACCUCUUUGUACACAUCGGACAGACAAAUCAUUCCUACAGUGACGCCCUGCUGGAGUCGGUGGACAUUCGUCAGAUUUAUGACAAAUUCCCAGAAAAGAAAGGAGGGCUGAAGGAGCUUUAUGGAAAAGGUCCACAGAACUCCUUUUUUCUUAUAAAAUUUUGGGCUGACUUGAACUGUAACGUUCAAGAUGAUUCUGGAUCUUUCUACGGAGUCACCAGUCAGUAUGAGAGCUCAGAGAACAUGACCAUCACAUGUUCAACAAAGGUCUGCUCCUUUGGCAAGCAGGUGGUCGAGAAAGUUGAGACUGAAUAUGCACGGUUUGAGAACGGACGCUUUGUCUACCGGAUAAGCCGGUCUCCCAUGUGUGAAUACAUGAUCAACUUCAUCCAUAAGCUAAAACAUCUGCCAGAGAAAUACAUGAUGAACAGUGUACUGGAGAACUUCACUAUCUUAUUGGUGGUGACAAACAGGGACACACAGGAGACGCUGCUAUGUAUGGCGUGUGUGUUUGAGGUCUCAAACAGCGAGCACGGUGCUCAGCAUCAUAUCUACAGACUGGUAAAGGAAUGAGACCCCCACACACAAGCCUUUAACCCUCCCCCCCUUCAUAGACUUAUCAACCUUGAAACGAGUGGCAGUGCCUCUACCUGAAAGUCACCCCCACACUGCUUUCUGCUCAUGGUAUCGGGUGAAGUCGGUUGUUUGAAAAUUUGUUUUAAUAUUAAGUGUUUGUUAUUUGACUGCAGCUGUGAAUUGCGGUACAGUUGUUUUAUUCUUAAAUAUGGGAACUCUUGUUUAAAAUAUGUUGAGUUGGUCUCUGUUGGGUAUAAAUGUGGCCGUUCUUAAAGAGUUUACUAGAAUAAUUUGGUAAAUGGAAACAUGUCUGUCGUCUUCUUCUGCUUUGUUCUGUAGAGUAAGAAAAAAAGGAUGCUGGCCUUUUCUGUCAGCGGCCUCAUGUGGUCUGUGUAAUGUUUGAGUGUAUUUUGUACGUCUGUACUUCAUAAAUUUGUGAGUGUCCAUACUGUGGAUAUACAGACAUGCACCCACAGCCAAUAGAUUUUCCAAAGAACCUAAACUAACACAUCACUACAUGGGCAGUAAGUGCAAGCAAGAUCAAGAAUAUCGCAACAUUAGUUUAUCUUUAAAAACUCUAGCUUUCAUUUGUUUUAUUAUUCCUGUUAAAGCACUCCAAGUUUUAGACAUUAAUCAAAGGAAUGCACUGUGAAACAAUCAUUUUGCCUGCUUUCUGCUCCACCAUGUAUAAAUACUGAGCAUUUAUUUGCAAAUAUGUCUGUGACCUGAAAAAUUCAGAUCAAGUACAGCUGAGAAUUGUUCUGUUCUUCUCCAGAAGCACUUUGUCCCCCUUCCUGGAGUCUGUUUUUCCUGUUAGAUCUGUGGUUUUAGUCAACAGUAUGAAGGAUCAUAACCCUAUAAAUCUCUAGUAGUAAGCAGGCCUUGUGGGGUUUUCCUGUGGCUCCCCUUCUUUAAGACUCUCAGAAUACCGCCCCCCUCUGGAACAACUGUGUAAUAACUCCAAACCAGAGUGUUGCUGCCUUCAUGUACACACUUCGUUCACAUUUCUGUGGCCUACACCAAUCCCCAGCCUUAUAACAUGUUAAAGCUGUGUGAGCUCCAAAAGAUGCCACUAAAACUGUGAUCUCCCAGAGAGGAAUACUCUUUAUAUGUUGUGUAAGAAAUUCAAAAUACUAUCUGCCAAAGUGUAGAUGUACAGUGCCUUAAAAUCUACUCAAACAUUAACCCUUUAUUUUGCUUCUAAAAUCAGUUUGUGGAUAAAAACAGGUAAAAAAAAAAUACUCAAAUCUUCUUAGUGGUGUAAUUCCUGGUACAUCUUAAACUCUAAGAUGUUUCCUUUAGUUUGUACACUCCAAGAAAUACAGUUUUUACUGUUCAGAGGCAGUAGACUUUGUUAAAUCAAGUUCAACGGUUAAGAACAGGUUAUAUUAUUCUGUAACACUCUUAUGUUUAGAAAUUCAGCAUUUGUGAAAAAAAAAAAAAAACUGUACCAAGAACACAGACUGACUGCCUUUCCUGUUGUUAAAGACCAAAAAUAUUAAGAUAAAGUCACUCUGUCAUGUCCUGCUUGGUAGCAAGGAAGUGCCUUUGGUUAAAAAUGUCCAGCUUAAAAAAAAAGAAAAAGAAGUAAAUUAAAAAUCAAAUGUUACAAGACCAAAAAAAAUAGACAUAAGUGAAACUAAUCACCACAUUGCCUUUUUAAAGGAUUGUAAUGACAAAGGGAGAGCUGGUUCAUGGAAAAGAAAAUGAUAUAUAUAUACAUUUUUCUUACAUCGAGUUCAUAUUUUGUGGAUUUCUUUACUUGAGGUCAAAGAGAGAGACCUGCUGAUGAAGUACAGCCACUGACUGCACGCAGGAUGUCAAUACAGUUAGAAAAACACUGCAGAUUCUGCUUAGUAUACACUUGCAGGUUCAAGUGUCAAGUGAUUAAAAAAAAAAAAAAGCAUUUUGGUUUCCAUUUCCCACAACCCGCACAGUGUGAAACUUCACUAGAAUUGAUGCUUUUCAUGAUGUUGACAAAGUAGAGAAUGAUAAAAGCUUUUUAUCAUUUCUGUUUCAAAAGAAAAAUCAAAGUUUAUUUAUAGGUUAUGUAUAAACUGAGCUGAAUUCUCUUAAAUUUGGUUCAAUCUGAAAUUCUUCACAUUUGCUAGUGUGGACGAGGCCGUCAAGGUUAAUAUUUUCGCUGUAAAGAUCAUAACUACUCAAACUUUUACUGUUUUUUCUUUUUUUAGAUGUAUAAUCAUCUCAAGUAUUUUAAUGGAAGAAGCUCUGAAUAGUAGCUGACAAUGUCUCUGGUGGAUGCAGAAAAAGUUCAAUCAUUCAGUAUUGUGCCACAGUCCUGUGGACACUGGAGGCUUUCUUUUUUGUUUACCCUGUGUAUCUGUUCACAUUUAUUGAUUACUUAGAGUGAUGUCCCUGUUUUAUUAUUGUACUUGUAUACAGUUGUACUUGGUUUUGUAAUGACAUUGUCUGUUAAAGCCCAUUGAGAUGGUAAAGGUGUUGCUGCUGCGCUGCUGCACUGUGCUUUUAACACUAAAACAGCAGGACUGAUGCGUCUAACGGCAUGAAUGUCACGAGGACCGACUGAAGAGAAUAUGGACGUUUAAAAAGAAAAUAAAUAAAAGCAGCCAAGUUGAGGAAUCAUGCUACAAACAUAUCAGCAGUUUAGCUCUUGUUAUUGUCAUUCUGUUGAAGCGUAGGUACUGGUACCUUUCUGUUUUAUUACCUUUUUGUUUUUGAACGGCGGCUUUAAAGUGAUUUUUCACAUAGCUCACAUAUAGUCAUCAAACACACGUUUGGGUUUUGUGUGCAGACUCGUUUUUGUAAAAAGGUGCUUUGUACAAAAUGAUAUCUUAGCUUUUCUUGGUACAGAUGUGUGAUAUCUUUUCGUAUCCAUGAUAAAGUGUUGGAGCAAAAAGGGGAGAAAAGAAGCUCUGCGAUGUUUCUGUGUUCUGCAUAUGGUCUUGUCUUUGCUCCGUAACAUUAUGAUGCCUUCUUGAUAAUAGAUAUUUUGUAGCUUUCUAGACACUUUGUAUGU